AUGGCUUCUCACCAAAUAGCCAUUGCGAAAGCUUCCUUUGCGGCUGGCCUGUUGCGCCCAGAUCCAUUGUCUGUUCCGCGGGAUGAUAUUGCUUCGUUUCACUCGACCCUCGACCGCGCGCUGAAUCAUUGCUCCCCAGCAAAUAUCCAGGCGUGUAAAGCAUGGUUACUUGAACAUGUUGCCUCCUCCGGUAAUCGUGUUGGAGGGUUGGCCAAGUAUCUUGUCGCAAUCGCUAGCUUGGCUGAUGAGCCGGCUACACUAGGCACGAAAAGUGGUCCGCCCACUGGCGGUGGUGGUCGAUCUGGUCCUUCGACAAAGCGUCGCCGGCUUCACAUAUUGUAUCUUCUGAACGAUCUCCUUCAUCACAGCAAAUACCACCUCGAGACAACGGCCACCUUUUCUACUGUGAGCGGGUCUCUACAAUCGCACAUCAUUGAGCUGGUCGACUGCGCUGCCGCGUAUGAUCAAGAAAAGAACCCCCGUCAUCAUCGGCGUCUUGACGAACUGUUGGAAAUUUGGUACGAGAACGGCUACUUCGGCGCCGAUCUUAUUCAGAAGCUACGAGAGACCGUCAAGAAUUCGUCAUCGACUGGGACUGUGGUAGGUCAGACGUCGGCAGAUGUUUUGAUCGACGAGUCAAAUAGUGUGAAAAAGGCCGCUGGCAAGGAGACUCCAUUCGUUAUGCCAUCCACACAUGGCGAUCCUGCUACCCCAUACUACGACCUCCCGGCUGGCAAUUGGAUCCCUCACAUCAUUCCCAAUUCAACGAUUCCACUUCGCCCGGACAGCAUCAAGCCAUUGCACUUUCUGGCUGGCCCAGCAGAUCAACCACUGGUUCAAGUUCUGAAAGACUUUAUGCAAGAAGUGAAUCAAAUUUAUGACACGGAAGAGCUUCUGAAAGAUGACGAAUACAUGGACAUUGACGAGCUUGGUCAACGGAUCACGCGUGAUGAGAUUACAGGCGAGAUUUUGGAUGGGGAGACAUACUACGGCUGGUCUCGAGCUUUCUGCCAGCAGAUGAAGAGAAGGCCACAUCCAUCCCACAGUCGCUCCAGAAGCAACAGCAGAUCGCCUGUGAGCCACAAACGGAGAUACAGCGAUAGCUCGCUGAGUGACGACAGUGAAAGAUUGCGUUCACAUGGCAGGAUCAGCGCGAACGAUCGGGACCGAGGGCAUCGCCCACCUCUCGGCUCACGCUCUCCAGGCUUUCCCCGUGAUAGAUCACUAUCACGCUCGAGUGAGGAUUCCUACAGGCCACGCGAGCCAUCAUCAUCACGCUUCGCACCUCCUGGCCAGAGCUCUUUUAGUCCAUCUCACCAACCUCCGCCGCCACCACCACCACCACCACCACCACCACCACCACCACCACCGCCUCCUCCUCCUCUCCCUCCAACUUCUCUCCAAGGUCAUCCCGCAUCCUACCAGCCAAACAAUCCAUACAUUCCCCCCUCUUAUCACGGGCCCACUCCCGGCGCCAACUUCAAUCAUCCACCUCCACCCUCUUACUCCGGGCCCUGGCCUCCUGUGCCACCCCCACAUAUGUCAGGAAUGCCGUAUCCGCUCGGCCCAGGUAUGAACCUUCCGGCGUUUCCUGGCCUGUUCCCUGGACAGCAUCAUCCAAUGCCUAUGGCUCCGGGUCAACAGCCACCCCAAGGACAGCAUCAAUAUCCUGGCCAUCCUGGCAGCCAUCGCGGCAGUGGUUGGAACCAACAAGAUGGGCGAGGAUGGCAGUAG